AUAACGAAACUCAGCGAACUGGGUACAGUCAUUCACAUGAACACUGUGUUUAGGGAGAAAAUACCAUGGAUGAAGAUGUUGAGUACCCGUUUCAACGUUAUCAAAUUGACCUCUUUUUACUUCCUUGUUUUUAUUUGUAUAUUUGUACCUGUUGAUAACAUGGCGGUUACCGACGUGUCAUGUAUGUCAUAAACAUAUCACAAUAAUGUCAGUGUCACAACUUGGUAUUCUUUGUUUGUGUUUUAUAGUAAACCACUGGUCGCCCGGAAGCAGUAAGUAUUACAUUGAAUAUAAAUGUAACUAGCUGCACAUAUAAUAAGUAAAGUAUGUAUGAUUUCACCAACGGCAUGCAUUGAUUGCAACUGUACAUGUACUGGUACUUGAAUAGAGUUGCGUUGCUUGUACAUACAUGUAUACAAUUUAAAUGUGUAGUGCAGGGUCAUUCCUCUUAUUACUUAGCUGAACAAACAGCAACAGGUUAACAGUUACUGCAGUUGUAUGAGGUGAACUAAUUAUAAGCUUAAUAUAUUUUACGGUGCCUUUAUAACUUUUGCGUUUAUUUGUUUUCAUGAAAAGAGGCCUGGACGUGUGGAUUUCAUGAUGAGAGCUGCCCGAUGGGAAAUGUAUAUGCUCCAGAUCCUGCAGAUUGCACACAGUAUUAUCGGUGUGUGCAUAGCAAAUGGACACUUUAUAGCUGUAGAAAUAUAUCCCUUGGCAGCUGUGGUACUCCAGUGGACUUCUGAAGACGAGUCACCUGUCUACAAAUUAUCUCGCCAACGAUGGCCACCCAAACAUCAGAAGUAACAACAAUGAAAAUAACACCCAGGUCUGUUCCCACUUACCCCAGACCCAUUACCACUUCCCACACUGAUAUUACAACAUAUGGUUUGAUGUCUGAUACUGCUGCUGUGACCUCUGCGGAACCAAUCUUAGCCAGAGCCACCGGAAGGGGUCCAGUCUCCCAGAAUUCUCUCACCCCUGGCGCUGUAGCCGGUAUAGUGACAUCAGUAGCUCUGGCACUACUUAACAUCAUACAGUGUUUGGGGCAUGUGAUUCUGUGGAGGAGAAGAAAACGUAAUGAGAGGUCAGAUCAAUCUAUUCAAGCAGUAGCAAAGGAACAAGCAAGAACAACAGAUCUCACGUCCAAAGGGUACCCCAUGGCGAACACAGCUGCUUCCAGGAAUUACGGUGACAAUUACAUGUUUCUUGUCAAAAGCGAAUACAUCGAUGGAUCUGCCAUGAGCGAGGUCAAUGAAGAUAGAAAUGGUUAUCAAGAACUUCGCUCUGCUGAGACGCCAUCUAGUGACGAGUAUUCAUAUGCAUAUGCUUCUGCUGGUGGCAGGAAAGCCACUGUAGAACCAGGAGAACAGGACAAGAAACAUAAAUCAGACGUCUAUGAGUUACAACAUAUGUAUUCCAAUGUGUUACAGUAGCCACGCAGGCAGCAAUAG